UUUUUUUUUUCCCACAUGGGAGUCGACUCUGGGUGGAACAGGUGAAUUAGGGGCAAUGAAGUCUUGCUUCUUUCUGCAUAAAACCAAUUGAGGGACAGACAUUGGCUCCACUUUGGUUUGGGGUCUGUGUUUGCACAUUUUGAGUGUGAAAAAGUUAGCCGGUGCUGAAGCUGAUCUGCCGCUUCCAGAGUUCCCGUUAGGAAGGAACUUUAGCGUUGUCGUUGCCCUGCAGGUCUUCUGUCCUUUACCUGGAAAGCCUUGCUUUCGUGGUUUCCAGAAGAAGGAAUGUCUUUGUCCUCUCCAUGGCCUCUGGAGCCAGUGGACACUCCUCCUACCAGGAGGACCUGAUACUCCUAUUUACUGAGGAUCCACCAAAGGGCCUUCCUCCCUUCUUACAAAUCUUCCUUCUCGGUGAACUUAUCCACAAGUUUGGAAACUUUCCAAACAGCCAGGUGUUGCCAGUUUUCUGCUGUGUCCAGCUGUCCCUUCACUGUACAUGGCUACAGCAGCUACCAGCCCCGGUUCUCCUCUCCAGCCAGAGGACCUCCUGAGCGAUUCAUCAGAGCCUCCUGGGUUGAAUCAGGUGUCCUCAGAGGUCACCUCCCAGCUCUAUACUUCUUUGCAUCUCAGCCGUCAAGCGGAGGCAACAGCCCGCGCACAGCUGUAUUUAUCUUCCACCUCCUCACCACCUAAUGAGGGCUUGGACAGCUUGGCUCAAGAACUGAGUCGCAGCUUGUCCGUUGGACUGGAGAACAACUUGAAGAAAAAGGAUGGGUCUAAGCAUAUCUUUGAGAUGGAAAGUGUUCGGGGUCAGCUCCAGACCAUGCUCCAUACCUCACGUGAUGCGACCUUUCCAGAGGAUCCCCUCAUUCCAGGAACUGGCUCCGAGAGACGGGAAGAGGACUCCUUUGACAGCGACAGCACAGCUGCCUUGCUCAACACUCGGCCUCUGCAAGAUCUAUCACCAUCCAGCUCAGCCCAGGCAUUGGAAGAGUUGUUUCCCCGUUAUACCAGCCUUCGGCCAGGGCCUCCUGCCAACCCCCCAGAUUUUCAGGGGCUGAGAGAUGCACUGGACUCAGAGCUUACUCGCCGCAAGCAUUGUGAGCGCCACAUUCAGAGCCUGCAGACUCGGGUGUUAGAGUUGCAACAACAGCUAGCUGUGGCUGUGGCUGCUGACCGCAAGAAAGAUAUCAUGAUUGAACAACUAGAUAAGACCCUGGCUCGAGUGGUCGAGGGCUGGAAUCGGCAUGAAGCUGAGCGGACAGAGGUGCUUCGGGGACUUCAAGAGGAGCGCCAGGCAGCAGAACUCACCAGAAGCAAGCAGCAGGAGACAGUAACUCGCCUGGAACAGAGCCUUUCUGAAGCCAUGGGAGCCCUCACUCGUGAGCAGGAGAGUAGCAGACUGCAGCAGAGGGAAAGGGAGGCACUGGAAGAAGAAAGGCAAGCUUUGACUCUGAGGUUGGAGGUGGAGCAGCAGCAGUGCCGGGCCCUCCAGGAAGAGCGGGAUGAGGCUAGGGCUGGGCAGCUCAAUGAGCACCGCAAGCUGGAAGCCCUUCAAGUUGCUAUAGAAGAGGAAAGGCAAGCCUGGACCCAGCAGGAACACCAGCUGAAGGGGCACCUUCAGGCCCUGCAAGAGGAAGGCCAGGCUCAGCUGGAAAGAGAGAAGGGGAACAGCCAGAGGGAGGCGCAGGCAGCCCGGGAGGCCCAGCACCAGUUGGUACUGCUGCAAUCUGAGGUGCGGCGGCUGGAGGGGGAGCUGGACACAGUCCGGAGAGAGAGAGACGCUCUGCAGCUGGAGAUGAGCUUGGUCCAGGCCCGGUACGAGAGCCAGCGGAUCCAGAUGGAGUCAGAGCUGGCUGUACAGCUGGAGCAGCGGGUGACAGAGCGUUUGGCAGAGGCUCAAGAGAACAGCGUGCGGCAGGCUGCCUCCCUCAGGGACCAUCACAGGAAGCAGCUACAGGAACUCAGUGGGCAGCACCAACAGGAACUGGCCGCUCAGCUGGCUCAGUUCAAGGUAGAAAUGGCUGAGCGGGAGGAGCGGCAACAGCAGGUGACUCAGGAUUACGAGCUCAGACUGGCAAGGGAGCAAGCUCGAGUGCGUGACCUGAAGAGUGGCACCCAGCAGCUGGAGGAGCAGCGGGUAGAGCUGGUAGAGAGGCUCCAAGUUAUGCUGCAGGCCCACUGGGAUGAGGCCAACCAGCUGCUCAGCACCACGCUCCUGCCUUCCAACCCUCAGGCUCCUCCAGCUGAGCCCUCCAGCCCUGGGCCUCUGGAGCCAGAGAAGGGGGAGAGGAGGAUCUGGGCCAUGCCUCCAAUGGCUGUGGCCCUGAAACCUGUGUUGCAACAAAGCCGAGAAGUGAGGGAUGAUCUGCCUGGAGCAUCUUCUGUUCUCUGUAGCGCCUCCCCAGAUCUUAGCCUCCUGCUGGGACCCUCUUUCCAGAACCAGAACUCCUUCCAGCCCCUGGAGCCCAAGCCUGAUGUGGGUCCACCCACAGCUGGACCCUUCUCUGCAUUGGAAGCCUUCACUGCUGACCACAGGGCAGAGCGGCCAUUUCCUGAGGAAGACCCUGGAUCUGAUGGUGAUGGCUCCCUAAAACCAGGGCUGCCACCUGCUUCUCAGUUCGAAGGCCUUAAGAACUUUUUGCAGCAGCUGCUGGAGACAGCACCUCAGAGCAAUGAAAACCACUCUGUUGACCUGUUGCCCCCUAAAUCAGGUCCUCGGACUGUCUCAUCUUGGGAGGAAGCUCCUCAAGUGCCACGCCUUCCCCCUCCUGUCCAUAAAACUAAAGUUCCCCUAGCCAUGGCAUCUAGUCUCUUCAGGGCCCAUGAGUUUCCCUCAUCCCAUUUGCAAGUCAGUGGUCUCAGCACUGGCUCCCCAGAGAGAGGUGCGGAUGGGCUCAGCUCCCCAAGGCAGCUGAUGGAGGUAUCUGAGCUGUUACGACUGUACCAGGCUCGGGGUUGGGGCGCUCUGCCUGCUGAGGACCUGCUACUCUACCUGAAGAGGCUGGAACAUGGCGGGACUGAUGGUCAAGGGGAGCUUGUCCCCAGAAGAAACACAGACUCCCGCUUGGGUGAGAUCCCCCGGAAAGAGAUCCCAUCCCAGGCUGUCCCUCGGCGCCUUGCUUCAGCCCCUAAGACUGAGAAGCCUGCACGGAGGAAAAGUGGGCACCCUGCCCCUGGCAGCGUGAGGAGUAGGGGAGGUGUCUGGAGAUGAGACCCCACUCUCUCCUCUGCCUUGU